AAUGAUGUAGCAGGAAACACCUGGAACUGGCUUUACUUCAUCCCUCUCAUCAUCAUCGGCUCCUUCUUCAUGCUCAACCUGGUGCUUGGUGUCCUGUCAGGAGAAUUUGCUAAAGAAAGAGAGCGUGUGGAGAAGAGGCAGGAGUUCCUGAAGCUCCGGAGGCAGCAGCAGAUUGAGAGAGAGCUCACCGGGUACUUGGAGUGGAUCUGCAAAGCAGAGGAGGUGUUGCUGGAGGAGGAGGAUGAGAUUGCAGAAGAGAAGUCCCCUCUGGACGGUGCGUGGUACAAGAGGAAGCAAAAUCUUCCAGGUAAAAAGAAGGCUGAGUGCCUGUUGCCUGCUUUACCGUGGCCAAUCACCACAGGAAGUACAGUUCAUCAUUUCCAUCUAAUAAAAGCUUGUUUUACUGCAUGAAUGUGCUGUGCAUAAAUCAAUG